AUGCCUUCUGUGAGCCCAGAUGCAUUCGGCCACAUGCACUCUCUACAUGCUGUCUUGGAUGGACUCGCACUUGAUAGCUUGAGUGGAGGCAGCAAAGACGAUGCAGACAAUUCAGAUCUCAAGGCUGGCUGCCGCAAGCAGCAGACUGAGUGGCGUGUCCAGCGCUUGAACGACUUCCUGCGCAGAGAAGGCUUCACUGAUAUCGGCACACCAAGAAAACGCAGUGGUUUCCUGUGUUCGCUGUUCCGGCAAACGCGCGUCUUUGCGAUCCACGUUGCGGCAGAAGUCGGUGAUGCGGAAAUGGUGCGGGCCCUGCUCAGGGCCAAAGCCGAUCCUUCUCAGAAGACUUCUCGAGGACGCACAGCUGUCGAGCUGGCCAGGUCAGCAGACAAGUAUGGGUCCCAUCGCGAGGUCUUGGAGCUGCUGAGUGGUGAUGUCCACUAUGUGAACCUUCGUGAGGCAGUGGUGCUUAUGCAGAUCUCCCUCGCCAACAGCGAGCAACAGAGCUGGAACGUCUAUCUAGAUGACGAUCCUGGCGUUCGGCUGGAGAUGCUUCCGGUCCCGGAUCCCGUCUCUUGA